AGGACCUGCGUCAACUUCAGUAUAUUUUUUCCUUCACAAAAAUCUGGUUACACUUUUGUCGGUUGAAAACUUUCGGAUUUGACUGCCAACAUUUUGUCCGGGCAGUCAAUCUUGGACUGCCUGGCACCGCCGGCGGUCAGUCACUCGGGCUAUCGAGACUUCGCCGGAGUGCUAGCUCAGUAAGACCAUGACGGCGGUUUCUCUCAAAAGAUAACUCAACGACGUAAACGGCCAACAGAGUCAUUCGGUUUCCUGCGUCAUCUUUCUGUGUCCCGUAAAAGCGUGUUGUCCCUUCUCUCAAGUGACUUUUUCCUUCGCUCUGCGUGCUAAGGUGAACGGUGCCACAAGCUGCCGUGGCAGCUCGGACGAUGUUCACGCCGUCCAUCCAGCUGUUACGAGUGGCAGGACACAUCUUUAAGAAAUUCUCAUUCUUCCCAACAGCUGGCUGUGCGUCUUCUGAUCAAAAGGUACCAUACCUAGUCAGCUCGAUAUUUUGUAACGGGUAUCUAAUCGCCUGCACAUCGACAAUGCAGAGGCACUGGACAAAACUAGGCGACGGUCGAGUCCGGCUCGCGUCAGCUCGGCGGCGUGCCCGGGUCUGUUCACGUCGCCGCCUUCAGGGGUUUGCUCCAGCUGAGGUAGUUUCGGCGUUGUUAAACUCGGCUACAGGGCGAAGGCACACGUGUGGAAAUUCUGGUUCCGAUGCCUACUCACCUUCUGAGGCGUGUGGCACUGGCGGUGAUAGUGCAAGCUCGUGCCCUGAGGAUGCGGCAAACGUGCAGUCAGCGAACUGUCGGUCGCGAUCACCACCUUCAAUGCAGCAAAGGCUCUGCAUAAGCGAGUCACCAGCACGAAAUAUGUCCCCGAAGGUUGGCAUCAUCAGCAACAGCGCCAGCGAAAAGUUCUUAAGUCAACAUGCGGGACAGUGGUCGCCGGUGCGGCUUGAUGUGAGCAGUUGCGAGGCAGGUGUUCCGUACGAAGGCACACAAAGGCAAGACAGGAGUCGCCGACACUUGUCUGCCACAAGGUACGCAGAGCGUCUAUCGAAGGGUAGUCAAGGACUUGCCUCACGAAUGACCCAGGAAAAUGCUUUGCGAACGGAGUCAAGUGGAAGCGACGAGUCGUACAACAGCGAGAGCACCAGCGAGGCAAGUGGUGUUUCGUGGGUCGAUUUCUCAAGCAGUUCUGAACGGGAAAUGAGAAGUAGUCAGACCGUUGGAUGGAGGAGAGACAUAAAUUCACCGCCAGCGACUCAUGGUAGUCACUCUAUAUGUCGACGGGGCGGACAACCAGGGACUUUCCCUCUCGAGGCGAGUCUUGCUCCACCAGAAAGACAGUGUAAGGAAGUUGGUUUUUCGCAGCGACUGAAGCACAAAAGUUGCCACUGUGCUAGUCAGAGCACGGACAACGGCCGAACGAUUCGUUCAAGAGACUUGGGGAACAGGGCAAAUAAGUGUCUGAAGAAAAUUUUUGUGGGUUCCGGUGCAUCCAACCAGAACGAGCACAACUCGGAUUUCUGUGGAUCGAUCGGCAGUGAUGCGUGUGAUCAUUCAUCGUUUCCCGAAUGGAGGCUGUCUGUGAAUAAUGAGUGCCGCUGGAGAAAUACUCGGGAAGAAGCAGGAGAGGCUGCAAAAGAUACUAUGGCAGACGACGAAAGGCAAACUGUAGGAUGCCGACGCAAAAACAGCGCGUCUAGAGAGAACAACAUUCAUGUGCAGGCGUCGGGCUGCGUCGGCUCUCAUGAUAUCCGGAGCAUGCACCAUCGGAGUUUUCAAGAUCAACUGCGAGAUCGGAAUACUGCUCAGCAACAGGAGUGGGAAGCCGACUCUUGUGGUGACUCAGAAUUAUCGAAUUAUCGUCAUGAUUUGUCGCUACCGCAGACACCUAGGAGAAUGGCAAGCGGCAGCGAAGCGAACGAGUAUGGCCUUUUCGAGGUCUCUCGGCAUCGAGAAAGGAGUUCGCAUUCAGAAGUUGACUUCAUGGAGGUGAAUGGAUCCGAUAGAGACGAAUUGCCUCAAAGCAGAGAAAUUACGGAAGGUGAAUUUGCGGAACUGCCGAGCAUGUCAAGAGAAAGACCAAGAUGCAGACGACCUCCUCGGCCGCUCGAGACUAGGCGCCACUUCGAGGGCAGAAACGUAAAUCGAAAGACAGCACCCACCGCUGCACCAUCACUCAGGUCGGUAGGUCAGUUUGGGCAGAAUUCGUCAAGAAACGGCCAGGAGCAAGUGUUGUCGAAGAAAGCGUUGCUUCGUGGAAGAAAGGAAGAGUCUCCUUGUAGGUUGAGUGUAACUUCCACAUCUCCGAGUGGCAGUCAAGGUGCCCGGAGCGAUGGAUGGUCAACUUACACCGGCAACCAAUAUUUUGACGAGAGCUACUGUGAAGUGUCGUGCACUCGGCGAGACACUGCAUCCGGGAAGAUCCGCAAAGAGUCACCGAUGGUGAGUGACUGGAGUAAUUCUACUCCACCUUCCUCAACAGUUGUCACUCUGGACGAUGUGAACGCUUCAAUUGACUGGAUUGUCAACGUCGGGUCUAAUCCGAAGAUGAUACAAAAGGUGCAGGAAAUUAUCGCAGAGAGGCUUCAAACACGUGGCUACAGGAGACAGCAGGAAACUCUACGCUUGGACCACCACGCUACUUCGGAAAUCCCUUCCCCUAACUACUUCAAGGCUAAUCGGACGCGAUCCUCUGCGCGGGCCGCAGCUCCUUUUGGGAGUGGACGUCCCGACCAGGUGGAAAAGUCUCCAAAUUUCUCUCCACGAAACGGCAGGGUUUAUGGUGAGAAGAAGGUGGUCACAAAUGACUGGGCUUCCGUGCACAGGUUAAGCUGGUCGAGCUCCGAUGUCCCACUUCUGGACCCGUCUUGUGAAGCCAUGCUCAGUGUACAACUGACGGCAGAUAGAGACAUGGCACUGCAGGCAGACCAAUCGAAGAACACCAGCUUGAAGUACUUUCGGCAGAAGGCCAAGCGCCAGGAUGUCGCACCUUUAUAUGCAUCAACCGACUUCGCCCUUGGGAUCGACGCAGCUUUUUAAUUUUGUGGGCAUGGCGAGUUGCAAAUCAAGCAAUUCACUUUGUGAAAAGUUCAUACAUAUUUCUCUUUGAGGAUGACCGCGUUGUCUUUCACCGCUCUGCAGGUGUACGGAUUGUUUGACGGUCAUGGCCUACAGAGGGAACCCUCUUCGAUUUCCGCGUGUACGAUGAAAGCGUAUAGUGUGGGCACAAUCUCGCUAAAAAUUGGGCGUCUAUCUAUUGAACUUUUCCAUGUUUCAAAUUUCAGCACAGAACGUUGAAAUUAUUGUAAU